GCUUGGUGAUCCUAAAAAAAAAACUUGGGCCCUUCCCUAUCCCUUCCUUCUCCGCUUUUGUCUCACACUCCGGCCGCCGCGAGGGAGGGAGGAGCCGAAAAACCUCGGAGGCGGAGGUAGAGGGGACUGGGGAGGAGAUGUAGAUCUUCGUGAAGACGCUGAUGGGGAAGACGAUCACUCUCGAGGUGGAGAGCAGCGACACCGUCGACAAUGUCAAGGCCAAGAUCCAGGACAAGGAAGGCAUCCCACCAGACCAGCAAAGGCUAAUUUUUGCUGGAAAGCAGCUGGAAGAUGGACGGACAUUAGCUGAUUACAACAUUCAGAAAGAGUCGACACUUCAUUUGGUCCUGAGGCUGAGGGGUGGGACUAUGAUCAAGGUGAAGACACUCACUGGUAAGGAGAUUGAGAUUGACAUCGAGCCUACCGACACAAUUGAUAGGAUCAAGGAGCGCGUCGAGGAAAAAGAGGGCAUCCCCCCUGUUCAGCAGAGGCUCAUUUAUGCUGGAAAGCAGCUUGCUGACGAUAAAACUGCUAAAGAUUACAACAUCGAAGGUGGUUCAGUGCUCCAUCUUGUGCUUGCUCUGAGGGGUGGUCACUAGAUACAGUUCCAUUUCCACUAGGAAUAUAUUCACAUGGAGAGCAGCUCUGUAUGCUAUUUUCGUCCUACCAUUGUACUCGGCUUAAAAUCAUGCACUUGACAUUAUUGGAGUGGCAAGUUAUCGGUACAUAGGUAACUAAAGAAGCUAUUUAUCUACAGUGGAUGAGAAAUACUUGAACUAAUAAGUUUAUGAGCUCUCAUCUGAUUAGUUGUCGCUGGUUUCUCUGCCUCUACUUUGAACCAGAAACAUCACUACAUCAAAGAUGCUGACUCCAUGCUUUCUUCUUCUUCUACAGCUGAAAAUGCAUAAUCGGUUAAUAAAUUUGAUCAAGCGGAUUAUAGUCCUGACUCCUUGCUCCUUAUGUAAUAUGAGUAUCAGCAUCCAUGUAUUGCUUAUUUACCAUCCCGCUUGGUUUAAACAUGUUUAAUUCUAUGCUGGACUAUGAUCACUAGAUUUGACACAUUUUUCAUUUGAGCAUGACUGCUCAAUCGAGUUUUAAUACCUAAUACUAAA